AUGGAGAGCGGUGUGAUGGUAAUGGAGAGCGGUGUGAUGGUGAUCGAGAGAGGUGUGAUGGUGAUGGAGAGCGGUGUGAUGGUGAUGGAGAGCGGUGUGAUGAGUGUUUAUUUUAUUUUGCAGGUAUUCACAGUUGAAGCUAUGAUGCCUUACGUGAAACACCUUGUGGGAGCACAUAGUAAAAAUUUGUUCCUUAAAGAUAAGAAAAAAGGCUUGUGGUUGGUGACCGCUUUACACGACAGACAAGUGAACUUGAAUGAUCUGGCAAGGAAGCUGGGUUGUGGAAGCGGAAAUUUGCGCUUUGCAGAUGAAGCUACAAUGCUGGAAAAAUUAAAAGUCACUAAGGGUUGUGCAACACCAUUUGCGUUACUUUGCGAUAAACAAGUGGAUGUGAAAUUCGUGUUGGAUUCAGGCUUUGUGGAAGGAGGACAUGAAAUGGUGUAUUUUCACCCAAUGACUAACACAGCCACUAUGGGUAUAAUGCCAGAUGACUUUAUGCGAUUUGUCACGGCAACAGGGCAUGAACCCAAAAUUCUAAAGUUUGAGUAAAGUGUACACCAAAGUUCAGGUAAAUGCCAUAUUUCUAUGAAUAAGUCCAACUUCAGAAAAAUUCACAUACAACAACAACAACAAGAUUACAUUUGUGUAGCGCCUUUCAUGUCUGGACAGAGUACAGCAUUUCAGACCCGAGCUGGGGUUGGGGGGAGUAAGGGAGGGGACAUACAGUGAAAUUGCAAGAAUAUUAUGUUAGGUUGAGGAGCUCUAUAAAUAGGAUGCAUUGUUGUGCAUAUAAUAAAACUGACAAGAAACAACUCACUUAUUAUUCACAAGACAUUUUCACUGAAUAUCUUUGACCUUUUGACAUGGAUUCUUAUCUCUGUAUUAACAGAGCAGUAUCUGCCACAGUGCCAGAAUAUGUGGCAUUGCUAAGUUCUUAUUAUCUUGUACCACUUUAUUUUGGGUACAUAUAUGGGGCAACAAAAUGUGUAUGAAAAUAAUUUGCUUCUCCAGUCGUCAGAGCAUAAAUCUAGAUCUUAGCGAAAUGUUUUCCUCUUUCUGGUAAUUUUCUUAAACUUUGGUAAAAUAUCUAACAAUGAUCCAGUCACUAAUGAAGAAAAGUUUUCACCUGGCUUGUUGCAUUGCCUUAGUUCCACAGUGCCUAAUUUUUAAAAAAAUAGCAAUUUGUGAUAAAUCUUUUCAUGGUGUGAUUGUAGCAGCACGUACUUGGAUGUGGUGAGCGGGUCGGAAGUUUUAACAUUUUUACAUUGUUUUGUGAAACCUUGGAAUAGUAAUAACCACUAAUUUUUCUCCCUGUGAAGCUGAGAUAAUCUUUGAGCAGAUUUUUUGCUUCAUUGAAAUAAAGGAACCAAGUGAAUUCCAUCAACAUAAACAUUAAAUGGGAGAAGUUGAAAAGGAAUGUAAAGGGAACAUUACAAUCUUAUAUCAUUAGUUACUUCCCCAAAUGGUCAGCUAAUCCAUAGACUGCUGGCAGAUCUGCAAUGUCUGUGUGCGUUAAUUAGUUCUCUACAUUUACAGACCACAAACUUACACCGAAACAAACUAAGAUCAUAAAGCUUGAUACCCAAGCACAAGGAUUGCUGUAUUUGGUGUACACCACCACAACAAAUUGCAAUAGUAUAGCGUCUUUCACAUCAGGAGGACGUCUCAAGGCGCUGGUCAGUCCAGGGUGACAUUCACCCCCAACGCAUUAAUAUAAAAACACUUUCUCUUCGAUAUUCUCUCUGCUAUUUUUUAUUUAACCUGCUCUCUAUUUAACUGCCAUCUAGUCCAACCUUUUUGGUUACAUUACUUAAAAGCAUUUCAUUUAAAAGCUAAAAACUGACUUUUUUUGUCUUGGGUGUUGUAUUGGUUUUUAAAUCGGUUAAAAACUAAAAUUAGAAGCUCUAUUUCAUUUCAACAACAUGUUCAUAGUGUCGAAGUAGGUACCCUGUGUGAAGGGUGCAUUUAAAAGCAAGUUGUUAUACAUUUACAGGCGAAUGGAUAAAUGUUCCUGACUGUAAACAUUAUUUUGUUCCACAUUCUAUUUCCGUACAUCUAGGUUAUAAUGACACUUUUUAAACAAUUGAAGGAAAAUAAAAUUGUCCAACGAUUUUUGUAAAUGAAUGACACUUCCAAUAAAAAANUGAUACAAUUGAAUA